AUAUUGCUAAGCAUACUACUAUCAUUCGCACCCGCUUUGAGGAUUUUAAAAAGCCAAAGAAAUGUGGAGAGGAUAUUGAAUUAAUGAUUAAAGGAGGCGGUGAAUUAGCGGAGAUAAUUGAAUCAUGCCAAAAGGAAGUUAUCCACGUCAAUAAUCCGCCAAUCACUAUUGCAGAAGCAGUUUAUAAACCUCCUAAAUUACAAGAAUUAAGCACCGAAAUUGUUGGCUAUAUGGAGAGCAAAAAAGAGUUAGAAGAAGAAUUAGCAAGCAGACUGCAAAAGAAAAAACUUAGAAAGUUGAGGAUUAAAAUAAAUGCUGCUUCUAAGGCCAAAGAUGACAAAGACGAUAAAAAAAAUGUUUCUGCGGAAAAUGUUGAUAAAAGUAAAUCAACUGCUAGCAAGGAGGAGAAAAAACAAGAGAGUGCUAACCAAGAAUUUGGGGCUGAUAAUAAAGUCAUUCAAGAAAAUAUUAACAUCCAAGCAGACAUUAAGCAGUUAGAAGAUGAGAGGAAAAAGUUAAAAGAGCAAAUUCAAGAAAAAGAAAAUAUUAUUCGUGAAAAGGUAUUCAAACAUAUUUUUAAUAAUUACGAGGAAAUCUUAAAUAUACCGGGAGGAAGCAUUUUUAUUAGUAGUAUUAAAGACAGUAAAAAAAUGACAGCCAAGGAAACAUUGAAUAAUGACCUUGGGAAGUUAAAAAAUGAAUAUCUUCGGCAAUUAGAAAAGGAUAAAG